AUGGCGACGAUGACGAUGACGAUGAUGAUAGUGCAACAAGUGUCGCCUUUGAAAACGAAAGUGGGAAAGACGAAAAUGAAAAUGCAAUGCCGAACCCCCCAGCUACAGGUUUUCCUGAACUCGACCAUGUUCUUACCCAAAAGCUUUAAUAUAUUACCCGUAAACAAACCCGACAUUCUCGAGCGGAUUAAAGUUCAGCACCUAGAAUCGAGGGGGUACGGCCUACCAGCGAUAGAUCGCAGAAUCCUGCCCGUGCUUUGGCAAAAACAAUCGCACAACUGGGAUGGCAUCACACUAUCCCUCAUGAACGUAUCAUUGUGUAUGUACACGACUUUAUAUAUCGUCUCCUCAGCCUCGUCCGCCCGGAGACCAAGGUGCGAAACGCCCUACUCCCAAUUUCCAUGGACGACCUGGCAGCAAAGUACCGCGCCGCCAUUAAACACGUCGAGUCCAUCCCCAAGGCAGAGCACCGCGGCACUCUCGUCACGCAGAACGAGAGCACAGCACGGUGCUAAACGAGAUGCGAUAUGCCCGCCUGCUCAAACCCAGCUCCGCAUUCCCGACCGCAAAACUGAAGAGGAUUGCAUACCCGUCAAAGCCAUCGAGCUCUCAGCCGCCGCCCUCGCUAUGUCAAUGAGCAACCUGGACAGUGUGGGUGAGGAUUACCACGACGUCCUGCACGCGGGCUGGUUACUCUCUAUCCGCGGUAGUUCUAUAGAUACCACCUUCCUGGUUUCUGAGGUUCCGGCGGCUUGGGUACUGUGUGGAAGGGAGAAUAUAAUGCAUGUGUACACUAGACAAUGGACAAUGUAUAUCAUGGGUUAUGUAGAUGUGAUAAACUAG